UAUUCACAUCAUAAAUGGCGUCUGACGACUUGUGUCAAUGACCGCCGAACGAUGUGUCUUAUCCUAAAUUGUCUCGACCUAUCAUAAAAAAUAAUUAAAAACACAUUACCUACUCGAAACUUAAUUAGUUCUAGUUAAAAACAACAGCCAUCCGUUGGAUAUCAGUUUACCGCCAACCGAAAGUUAGGUUAUUUUAACUAAUCAUUAUCCGACCGAAUUCUUGCUACUCGAAUUUCCCUCAGUGAGUUGGCGGCAGUGAGAUGGAAGAGGAUCGCGAUACGUCAAUUAAAGAUCACUUUCCAGAACCUCAGAAGAGAUUUUGGAUGCGAUCUAGGAAGCGUAGAAAUAGCGAUGCGGCCAGUGUCAGUUCGAUGGAUAUAUCAAUGGGGUCUGAUAGUAUCAAGAAGAAAAAAAGACGCAGAAUUACCGAAGUCGCAUCGAGCUUCUUUUCCUCUUCCUCCUCAUCUCUGACACCCAGCAAAUUUGGAAGUGUUCUUCAAAGAUCGUUCAGCUCUCAAGUAGCCGAUCUUUCUCUCCUUGGAGAGGAGGUUGAUUCGGGCAAGACAAAAAAAAGAUCAAAAGUAACCGCGGAGCGACUGGAUCAGCUGGCCAUCCGUAGCUGGAUUGUGGAUAUUGCGGAAGGGAAAUCCAGCGGGCACCUGGAUUUGAGCUUGAGUAGAAGAGAAGUGAAACGUCAAGAGGCGAUCUAUGAAUUAUUCUGCGGGGAGGAUGUGUUGUUGCGGGACCUUGAUAAUCUCAGAGAAUUCUAUUACGAGCCUUUGCUACGAAGCGAUAUCCUGACUCCAGGUGAACUCGCCACACUAUUUGGAGACAUUUCCAGCCUCGUAGACCUCCACAAAAAGCUUAGAGACGAACUGGUCUGUCUUCGAGACGAGUCGGGUUUCACGGAUGCUGUUGGAACCAUUUUAAUCAGCUGGUUACCAAGUCUCGCCGAGCGCUACGUAGAUCGUUGCAAGGCGCAGGUGUGGGCGAGACACUUGCUUGAGGCAAAACGCGCAAAUAAUAAACGGUUCCAAGAAUUUCUGAAGAAAAGAACAAGUGUUCCACGGGCCGUUGACUUGUGGACAUACUUGGACGUUCCGAGAUCAAGGGUCGUCAAGUAUCCUAUCCUUGUUAAUGAAAUCCUCAGGCACACCCCGUGCAAUCAUCCUGAUCAGACAGCGCUGAGAAAAGUCAGUGAUAUACUGUCCAAGUUACUUAUAGAAAUCGACGAAGCCAUGGGAAAUUCGGAGUGCAAGCUAGCCCAGAAUAAAAUCAACCCCUCGCCAGUUUGCGAUCCUCAUAAAGUCAUACAAAAUGCUGUGGAAGUCAUUACCGAGGGGCAGUUGAGAGAUGCUAAAGGAACGAAACUGCAUUGCUUCUUGUUUGAUAACUGCUUUGUACUGGCUCGUCCAGCGAGGAGACCAGGCAGAAAAUGUAACCCAUGUUUCCCUGUCGUAUUACGAGAUCAGUUAAGGGUACAGUUUGAAAUCGAGGCGGGUGAAAAAAUUCAUACUACCUCAUUCAAGGUUGCAGAACACACGCUUAAUGCUGACGAUGAGCAUGCAAAACGGCAUUGGAUUGAGUCUUUUCGUAGGCUAAAUACUAUUUCUACAAAUGGAAAAAGAAAUCACGAUGGAAAUAUUAUUGUAACUGAGGAAAAGAACAAAAAAAGGAAAGAAAAAGAGAAUCGAAAUGAAAAUGAGAAUGAGAAUGAGGACGUGGAUAAAAUGAGUGAAAUCAGCGAAAAGUCGCCGAUAACGAAAAGUACAAGGAAACUGAAGUCUGUCGGAGAUUUGUGCAGCAGUCAUUUUCCGAUUUCUCUUAGAAAAAGCCUUCUCAGGGAUAAAAGAAACAGCAUCAGCCUAGUGUGAAGAGUACUAUGAUUUAUUCAUAUAUAACUACUAUAUUCAUAUAUACAUCCAUUGCGUUAAGAAAUUAUACAUAUUUUUUUAGUCGCAUGGUUUCACAGUCAUUUUUGUAAUUAACGUAUCACGGAUGAUCUGGUGUUUCAUUUUGCGGCAGCUAAAAAAAACAAAUUAAAUCCAUUCACAGUGCUAUCGUUGUCGGCGUUAAUACCUAUGAAAAAAUGAUAACGUAAGGAAAUUUCAAUCGAUUGAGACGAAAAAACAAAUGCGGUUAUCCGAAUGGAGUCCAAAUGUGUGAUAUUGAUAUAUAUUUUUCAAAAUUCAUCCCUUUUAAAUAUAUAUUGCGUAUUCGGGAUGUAACAACUACGCGAAUCGCUCGGUUUGAUAAAUUGCGAUUAGUAAUUAAUUCGAAGCCAUAAAUUGGUAAACCAGGACUAAGUGUGAUCGAUGCUUGAGAGAAAUUGCAAAAAAAUUAAAAUUUUUCAUUUUCUGACAAGUAUCUAUUUUAUAAUACAACGAUUUUUUUUUUGAUUUUUCUCUCAUAUUUUUUAACGUUAUGGCCAUCCAUUAUUUUUAUCCGGAUUUCAUAGUUUUAAUAUUAGGUUCAAAUAUUUUGACUUUUUGAGUUUUUAUCCAUUCAUUUUUAUACUUUUUAUCUUAUGCGACAUCUGGUCAUAGCAAAUUUGUAAUUUUCAAUCACAUCCUGGCCAGUUUCAAGAAACUGCUAACAGAAUUCACGGUGUACUAUCAAUUUUGUGUUCUCUAUGCCGCGUAACUUUUUUUGCACUCAUAUAUCGCAUAGACAAUACAAAUAAUCGAAAGACAAUGCAAAUUAAUUCAUUUUGUGAUAAAUAAUGCGCAUUCAUUUUUGAUAUAAUUGGAUCAGUCAUACUUUUUUAUGAUCCAACUAAUGUAAAUAUAUAUAUUCCUGCAUUUAUACAUAGAGAACUUCGGACAAACGCGGUGUUUUAUGAUAUUAGGUUACGACUCGUGAAGCGUAGGUUUUAUUUUCUUAUACUUUCUCUUCAGUUAAUAAUUAUUUUUAAAUUCGACGAGAGAUCUUUUAGGCGAUGAUAAGACGCACGUUUUACUCAACACCAGCAAAGUUUGCAGGGUGUUUUAAUGCUGAUGAGCCGAAUUCGCUGAAUUACUUCGGAAUCUUCUCCAAGAAUAAAAAACAAAGAAAGCUACUUUUCA